AUGGAAUCUAAUCAAGUGAACAUAAUUUCUGUGGAAAUGGUGCGUGAUAUUUUUACAACAAUGUUUCAAAAGCAACAGCAGGAUAUUGUUCAGUUAAUUAGCAGUAAUCUGAAGAUCACAAACGAACAGAUUGGUGAAUUAGACAAAAAACUGAAAGAAAUUGCAUCAUCAUAUGAAGCUAUCCAAGAAGAAAAAAGGACAUUAAAAAAUAAUCUUUUUGGAGCAAUUGAAAAAAUUAAAGCCUUAGAAAAGGACAAAAGAGAUAUAGAGGAAAGCCUGACAACAACGAAUCGUAAAGAACAAUUGAGUAUUUAUGAGGAGAAACUACGACACUUAGAGGAUAGACAAAGAAGAAACAAUUUACGUAUUGAUGGGUUGGAAGAAAGCGAGUCGGAGAGUUGGGACGAUACUGAAAAGAAAGUGGUCAAUUUAUUUGAACACAAAUUAGGAUUGUCGAAUGUGCACGUAGAGAGAGCACACCGCACAGGAGAGAAAAGCAAUGGGAAAAAGCGUACUAUCGUACUUAAACUGUUGGACUAUAAGGAUAAAGUUAAUAUUUUAAACAACUCGAAGAAACUAAAAGGCACCGGAAUAUAUGUAAAUGAGGAUUGCUCCACUUCGACGAAUCAGAUUAGGGCGAAUCUCUUCAAGGAAAUGAAGAUUCAUAGAGAAAAUGGUAAAUAUGCUAUCGUUCUUUAUGAUCGUCUUGUUGUUAGGGAGUUUAAGAAAUCGAAAAACAUUGUUUAA